GGAAUUCUCCGUUCCACUAAAAAUGGGGUCCAUAAAUUGUUGAUCAAAAUCUAAUGUUUUCUUGCUCCGUUGAUCUGAUCCUUCACAACAUCUCACUUGUGUUUAUAAUCUCACUACUACCAGUAGAACUCACUGACACCGUACUCUUGCUAGCUCACGACCAAGAAAUCACCGACAUGCGAGGCUUACUCUUUUUAAUUCACCAACUCCUCCCUCCUCCGACGCCUCCAAAUUCCAUUCCCCACGGGCACGAAUCUGACGCCGCCAAAAUCUUUCCGCCAUGAAGCAGGAGCGACGGAGGAGGCAGCGCCACAGGCCGCCGCACCCGCACCUCGAGCUAGAGAUGGCGCGACCGGGGGACGGCGGAGGCGGAGGCGCCCACGAGGAGGCGGGUGGCAUCCUCGACGGCGACGCCGAGGCGGGGGCGCGGGACUUGGGGCGCGUGCCGCCGUGGCGGGAGCAGCUGACGGCGCGCGGGAUGGUGGCGAGCCUCGCCGUCGGCGCCAUGUAUAGCGUGAUCGUGAUGAAGCUGGGCCUCACCACGGGGCUCGUCCCCACGCUCAACGUCUCCGCCGCGCUCAUCGCCUUCGUCGUCCUCCGCGGGUGGACGCAGGCGCUCGGCCGCCUCGGCGUCGCCACGGGCCCGUUCACGCGGCAGGAGAACACAGUCGUCCAGACCUGCGCCGUCGCCUGCUACAGCAUUGCCGUCGGAGGAGGGUUCGGGUCGUACUUGCUUGGGCUGAACAAGAGGACCUACGAGAUGGCGGGGGCGGGGACGGAAGGCAACGUACCGGGGAGCUACAAGGAGCCCGGCAUUGCCUGGAUGACCGGCUUCCUCCUUACAGUCAGCUUCGUUGGGAUUCUUGCGCUCAUCCCUCUCAGGAAGAUCAUGAUAAUUGACUACAAAUUAACUUACCCAAGUGGAACGGCAACAGCUGUGCUUAUAAAUGGAUUUCACACAACCCAUGGAGAUGCAACGGCAAAGCAGCAAGUGAAUGGGUUCACAAAAUACUUUGCAAUCAGCUUCUUCUGGAGCUUCUUCCAGUGGUUUUAUUCAGGUGGAGAAAGUUGUGGGUUCUCACAGUUUCCCACUUUUGGACUAAAAGCUUGGAAACAAACAUUUUUCUUCGAUUUCAGCCUCACAUAUGUCGGGGCAGGGAUGAUUUGCUCCCACCUUGUCAAUAUGUCUCUCCUUCUUGGUGCACUUCUCUCAUGGGGAGUAAUGUGGCCACUGAUUAGUGAUUUGAAAGGGGACUGGUAUCCAGCAGAUAUACCAGAAAGCAGCAUGAGAAGCCUGCAAGGUUACAAGGCCUUCAUCUGCAUAGCGCUUAUCCUAGGAGACGGCCUAUACAAUUUUGUCAAGAUUAUUGUCUUCACCACUAAGAGUCUGCUUGACAGAUCAAGACUGAAGAAUGCAAAGAAAGCGGAAGAAAUUCCAGUGCUCGAUGACAUUCAUCGUGAUGAAAUUUUCACAAGAGACAGUAUCCCUACAUGGCUAGCCUACUCUGGAUAUCUUGCACUAUCAGUCAUUGCAGUGUUUGUCAUUCCCUUGAUGUUCCAUGAGAUGAAAUGGAGCUAUAUUGUCAUAGCAUACUUACUGGCCCCUGCCCUGGGUUUCUGCAAUGCCUAUGGUGCUGGCCUUACUGACAUCAACAUGGCCUACAAUUAUGGAAAGAUUGCCCUCUUCAUUCUUGCAGCCUGGGCUGGGAAAGACUCCGGUGUGGUUGCUGGCCUAGUAGGAUGUGGUCUGGUGAAAUCAUUGGUGUCAAUAUCCGCUGAUCUGAUGCAGGAUUUCAAGACUGGACAUCUUACGUUAACAUCACCUAGAUCAAUGAUUAUUGCUCAGGCUAUUGGCACUGCCAUGGGCUGUGUCAUUGCACCGCUGACAUUCUUUCUUUUCUACAAGGCUUUUGACAUCGGCAACCCAGAUGGGUACUGGAAGGCACCAUAUGCUCUAAUCUACCGAAAUAUGGCAAUUCUUGGUGUAGAGGGCUUCUCCGCUCUGCCCCUGCAUUGUUUGCAGCUGUGCUAUGUAUUCUUUGGAUUCGCAUUGGCAGCCAACCUUAUCAGGGACCUCUUCCCACCAAAGUAUGGCAGAUGGGUCCCCCUACCAAUGGCCAUGUCGGUUCCCUUCCUAAUUGGCGCGAGCUUUGCCAUCGACAUGUGUGUGGGGAGCUUGAUAGUCUUCACCUGGCACAUGAUGGACCGAAGUAAAGCAGCGUUGAUGGUGCCAGCAGUUGCGUCUGGUUUGAUAUGCGGCGAUGGGCUUUGGAUCUUCCCUGAAUCCUUGCUUGCCUUGGCCAAGAUCAGUCCACCACUGUGCAUGGCAUUUAGGUCUACAAACUAGAGGAGUAACAUGCUCGACAUUAGAGGGCAGCUCCAUGUACAAUUGGAAGAGAUAAUGCCAUGCAAAAGUCCAGGGAAUACUUUAUAGAUGGGAUGUGAUGCUGAUACAUACAGGCAGGUAACGGUGCAGUACGUAUAGGUGUUACCCAGGUAUCUUAUCUAUCUAUUGUCUUAGUAAAUGGCCAACAAAAGAAGCUCCUACGUUCCCUCUCAAGGAGGAGAAAUUACCACAUUAAUAAAAAAAGAAAAAUAAUAUACACCAUUGAUUGUUAUGCUCAUUAAUGGUCUAGAUUAAAUUUGAAAAAACAAUGAAAAAUUAGUAGUUUGAUUCCAUACAAAUUGGGAGGCAAAAUACCUAAACAAAGAGUCCACGUAGGAUACAAUUAAUCAAUAGCUAAAAUUCAAAAUAAAAUAAUAAAAAAUUAGUAGUUCGAUUUUCAUACGAAUUGGAAAGAAAAAACAUCAAAAUAAAGAGUCCAUGCAAAAUACAAACCUAUUAUCUUAAUAUUUGAUGUGCAAAAGGAGCAUCCACAUUCGCUUUUAAAUCCACAAAAUUACCAUGUUAAUCGGAAAAAAGAAAAGUAUCUAGACCACUUAUGGUUAUGAAUAUCUAACGGUCUAGAUUUAUCCAAAGAGUCCCUAUCAAAUACGAUUAAUAAUUAGAUAAUUUCAAAAUUAAAAGAUUAUAAUAUAUGGAAGAUUAGUGGUUCAAUUUUCAUAUAGAUUGGAAAGCAAAAAAUCUAAAUAAAAAGUCUGUAUUCCAUCUAUCUAUCUAUAUUAUCAUAGUAAAUAUAAAAAAACAAUACAUGCCAUAGCAGUAAAGAAAUAAAGUAAAUCAAAAAGUAUCGACACCCUCCAUGCAAAGACAACUUGGUCAGAUCACGUCUACCUCUCUCUCAACAUGUUCUCCUGCCGGAUAGCGUCGCAAAUCGCGUCCUUGGGCACCUUUCCGAGGAUGGACAUGAUGCGAAACCUCAAUGUGAGCGGAAACACAUCGUCGAGCGGGUAGCAACAGGCGGACAAGCAGAUAG